AUGGCUGAUUAUCUAUGCGAAGAUAUAUUAAAUAGACUGAAGCAAGAGAAUUGUCUAUGUAUUAACAAAAAUAAAACUAGAGAACUAUAGCAGUAAACUUUGUUUAUCAAAUUUCAUAAAUGGCUUAAAGAGAAUGGAGCUAUUUAUGAUCAUUGUAUUGAAUAUCCCGUUGCUUUCAGUGAUAAACCUGAUAAUCAAAAUUUCUAUUUGAUUGGAGUUGCUGCAAAGAAAUUACUAGGCCCCUAAUAGGCAUAUCUUUACAUUCCAAAUAAGCUGAUAAUCAAUGAAUAUAAACUACUUCAAUCAGAGUAUGGACAUAUUUUUAGAGAAAAUGAGCACUUAUUCAAGGAAGGAUCUGAAGGUGAAUAGAUAUAAUUGAUAUUCUAUGUAAUAUGUGAGCAAAUCAAAGGAGAGGCUAGCUUUUGGUACCCUUAUUUCCAGACUUGCUAGGAUUCAGAUCUCCCUUAAUUCUGGAAAGAUGAUGAGUUAGAAGACCUUGAAGAUCAGCUGAUGAUCGCUGAGAUACAAGAAGUCAGGGGCAAUUAUCAAAAGGAAUUCUAACUAUGCCGCUCAAUUGCUUCAAAAUAUCCUGAACUAAUAGAUUUAGAUAAAUUCUCAGAGGAUCUUUACAAAAUAGCAUAUAAUCUUGUAACAACAAGAUGCUUUGGAUGGAGUUUACCAUACACUUCACUAGUACCUCUAGCUGAUUGCUUCAAUCAUUACAACAUUGACAAUUAAUAUGAGUUAUUUAAUUCUAAGUUACAUACAUUACUUUCUGACUAUAAUCCUAAGUCAUCUGUUUAAGAACUUAAAGAGGAAUUAAGGGAGGUUGAUUAUUAAUACUAUACAAAGGAAAAGAUGCAGCUUAAUUUUAUGAAGAAUUUUAAAGAAGAUUAAGACCUUGACAAAAACUAACAACCUGCAGGUGAGAGUAGCAGUGAAGGUGACUCAGAUGAUCCAGAUGAUAUUCCAGAAAUAAGCUAGAAAAGAGUAAAUAAACUAAUGAUUAGAAGCACGUGCCUAGGAUUAACUACAUAACAAUUUUUAGAAGAUGAAGGAUACUAAAAGUGUUAAAUAUGGGAUUUGAAGUAUGACAGUACUUCUGAUGAAGAAGACAAUGACACCAGCUCGGAGUCCUCAUCAUCAGAGACUGAAGAAUUAGAAAUUGAGGAUAACUCCUAGAAUAAAAAGAAAAAGAGAGAUUAAUAUACAUUUACAUAUUAGGACAACUAGGUAAUUAAGAAAAAGAUAGAUAGAAAUUCUGUUGAUAACGCUAGAAAGCUCAACUUAAUUGACUUACUUGUUUAGUAAAAAGAGUAUUUGGAUGCGAAAGAGACCAAAAUGAGAAAGCUAAAAUAGCAAGAUGAUUAGAGAUAUAGGAAAUUUAUUAUGUAAGAAGAAACUUCAAGUGAUGAGGAAGAUGAUGAGAAAUUUGAAUGGUAUGAAGAUUAGGACAAAAAUACAUUUUUCACGCUAUGUACUUAGUAUAAAACAGCUUAUGAUAAAGGAGAUUAAAUAUUUCAUUGCUACGGUAGAAGAACUAACAGAUUUUUGCUUUUAAACUACGGAUUCGUUUUGUAAGACAAUAAAUACAACUCAAUUACAUUGAGAGUCAAUAUUACUCUAAAUAAAACUAAGGAUGAAAUUUUAAAUGAGUAGUAGAUCUUAGCUGAUAGAGUUUCUGAGGCUGUUGGCUUAAACAAAAUAAGCAAAUAUAUUAAGCUAAAGAAAGAUAGGAUUAGUGAGGAGCUUUUGUCAUACUUGAGAGCAAGUUUGAUGAAUGUCUAUCGAGAUUAAAAUCAUUAAUACUUACUCAUUUCGACACCAGUUGAAAUUAAAUUCGAAAUGUAGGUCCUUUUAAGUGCAAUCAAUCUACUCUAAAAUUUGCUUAAUACCAGAUUUAAGAAAUCUAUUUAUGAGGAUAGAAAAAUUUUGCAAGAGUCAGAUUUAUCUGGCAGAAAAAGAACAGCCAUAAUAUUUAGACUUAAGUAAAAGGAGAUCUUUGAAUCACAAAUAAAAUUGUACUCAAUUUUGACGAAAGUCUUAUCGAGACUUUAAAAUGGAUCAUCAUUCAAGCAAACAUAUUUGCAAAGAGUUGAGGGUUAUGAAACAGAUAACUAGAUAAUUUAUAAUCGCUUGAGAUUGAGAAAGUAUUUGAGAGAAUUGAUUAUAAACUAAAAGCGUGUUUUAUCUGUACCAUUGGAACCAGAUUAUGUUGAAAAAUUCAAAGAAUACUAUGGUGGCAUCUAGUAAUAGCCAUCAUAGAAUGAAUAUAAGGAAAAUAAUGAGGUAAAUACAACUGAACCAAGGGGAUAAUAAAAAAUAAAUGAAUGA